GGAGGCGUGUGGAUCGUGUACUGCGCAUGCGUGAACGUUCCUACUACGGAUUCCCCAGCAGACAGCGUUGACCCAGCGGGUCUGCAGCGCUAUCGUUUACCGCGACACACUUCCAGGAGGAGGUUUAGUCCAAAAGUGUCUCAUCGAGUCUCAGACUCCUUCCCGCCACAAGAUGUUCGGCUUCCACAAGCCCAAGAUGUACCGGAGCCUGGAGGGCUGCUGCAUCUGCAGGGCCAAGUCCUCCAGCUCGCGCUUCACCCACAGCCAGCGCUACGAGCCCCACCUCCAGGCCUGCUUCAGCCUGGGGGAGGUGCGUUACGGGGACAUCUGUAACGCCUGCGUCCUGCUGGUGAAGAGAUGGAAGAAGCUUCCGGAAGGUUCGAAGAAGAACUGGAACCACGUGGUGGACACCAAAGGGGGGUCCAGUCUGAAGACCGCCCUGAAGACGAAGAGGAGGAGGAAGAGUCGCCCGAGCCACCACAGCCGGGCGGAGAAGCACCUCAAAACACUGAACUCCGACGCACACAGCUCCUCCAGCACCUCCCCUCCACCGUCGCCUAGCUACAGCAACCAAUCAGACGAGGGCUCGGACACGGAGGCCAGGCCUGGCCACGCCCACUCCCCAGCGUUCACCUUCCUGGACCUCACCUACUGGAAACGGCGACGUGUGUGCUGUGGCAUCGUCUACGCCGGCCGCUACGGUGAGGUCAUCAUCGACCCCCAGCUGUUCAAACCGUGCUGUCGCAAGCUGCCCGUGGAGGUGGUGGAGCAGGAGAAGGUGGAGCAAAGGGUGGAGGAGGGGAUGGAUGAGCAGAAGGUGGAGCAGCAGCAGCAGCAGAAGGUGGAGCAGCGGCAGAAGGUGGUGGAGCAGAAGUUGGAGCAGCAGAAGGUGGAGGUAGAGAAGAAGGAGAUGGAGGAGGAGGAGGAGGAGGAAGGGCACACGGAGACGGCAAGGAGCUCCCAGUGUCCUCAGGUCCAACAGGAAACGCUGGAUCCCAGCAAGCGGCCAGACUUUGGUUUACCGCCAGCUCGACCCCUUGACCUCCAGCAGGACACCUUGAUCCCGGGACCUCCACCUUGACCCCGGGACCUCCAGCUCGACCCCUUGACCCCGGGACCUCCACCUUGACCCCGGGACCUCCAGCUCGACCCCUUGACCCGGGACGUCCACCUUGACCCCGGGACCUCAAGCACGACCCCUUGACCCCCAGCACGACCCCUUGACCUCCAUCUCGACCCCGGGACCUCCAGCUCGACCCCGGGACCUCCAUCACAUCCUUGACCCCUGGAUGGGCCGCAACGCCGUUCUUCCGACCACGAUUUCUACGCAAAUCACAGGAAUAAGCUAAAAAUAAUUUUGUUGAUGUGUUUGUUUGUGUAAGAACUUUUUUCGGCGCAAGAGCGGUCCUCUCUUCCAUAGAGGGCCGUUGCCCUGGCAAUAGUCUCCGUUCCUCCAGAGAGGAAAAGUUUAAAAAGACGCAACGGUAAUGAUUAAUCUGUAAGAAGAAAAAAAAAAGACUGUAAAGACUCAAAGCAUGACUGUGGAUCGCUGUUCAGAUGAAUAAAUUUAUAGAAGAAGUCCUGGUUCACGAUGGAAGCACAAACCAAAUACCUAAUCAGGGAAACGAUGCAGCAGCUAUGGACAACACUUAACCUUGAUAAGUUAAGAUUCAUUAAGUGGCUCACAUGAUUAUUUGGUCUCCGUCCACACGGAGCUGAAACAGGCGGUUCAGGAAUAUGCGGUUUUAUGUGGUUCAGGAAUAUCUCCGUAAAGACGGAGUCAUUGCGAAACCGCAUCGAGCUGUAAAUACGCUGUGCUGUAGUAAAUAUUCAAGGCGCUGGUUCUCCACAGAAAAAAGUGGAGCGCAUCAAACCUGCGCGCAUACAGCCUGCGCGCUGUAUACAAACAUUCAGUCACGAGGAGAUUCAACCUUUUAAAUUGAACAGAAAUACUUUUUAAUAUACAGUUAGUAAUUAAAUUCAUCAAGGGGCUUUGUUUAAAGCUACAAAAAUAAUACAAAUAAAAUAAUUAAAAAUUCAACGCAACUCUGACGUCCCCCAGCUGGUUGGGGGCUAAUGACUUUGUCGUUUGCGUUUCAGGCGUUGGAUUGGAUGAGUGAAUCAAACCCCAGGAGUAUUUAUGAUGCAAACUCUGUCGUUCAAACGGUUUAGUUUUAUCCUCCAUGUGUGAUGUGGAGGGGGGGUCACCAACCUUUUUUUAACCUGAGAGCUACUUCAUGGGAACUGAGUCGUACGAAGGGAACCCAGUUUGAUACACUCUUCUGAAAUAACAAAUUUGCUCAGUUUGCCUUUAGUUAUGUAUUAUUCAAUAGCUAAUGAUACUCAUCUAUGUGAAGACACUGAUCAUGUUAAUGAUUUCUCACAAUUAUCAACAAUGACUUAAAGGUGGGAAAGAGUUGUGCUAUGUUUAGAACAGGCCUGCGGGCGCCUCAUAUGGUUCUUGCGGGCGCCAUGGUACCCGCGGGCACCGUGUUGGUGACCCCUGCUCUAAACUCUAAAUGGUCUCAUAUAAUAGAAGCGGUCGACCAGCAUAGGUACUCUCACGCAGCAUUUAACUCACUGAUAUCUGACGGAUAGCUAUGCCCAUCAAUAUGCAUUUAAAUGGUUGCUCAUGAAACUUUCUAAUGUUGUAAAUAGUUAUUGUCUUGGCCAAGCGGAUAGAUGGAGCAGCAUGGUGCAUGAGGGCCUGCAUGAGCUUCUGAAGGGUUGAGCAGCUGCUCUGCUUGGAGAUAUAUUUUUGUAGAUACGGUGAAUAAAGACAACACAGUUGAUUGAUUCAGCGACCGCCCUCUUCUCGGACUUAAGUCACUUCUAGUUAUUUGAAUAAGCUAGUUCUCCCUUUUCUUAUGUAUUGUUAAUAUAUUUGACGUCUUGUUGUCACGAAGCUGUCAAACAUCACCCGCCACCAGGGGCCGCUGCAGACUUCACUAUGUCAACCACAAUAUCUAUUCUAGUGGUCAUGUUCUUGUAUAUAAAUUGUCAGACAUUCAUUCCGUUCCGUCACUUUAUUUUGUACUUUUUCCAAAAUAACCUAAGAGAAUGCCGAAUUAUUUUUGUUCUGUUCAUUCAAUUGCUAGUACUUUCACUUUUAAUUGCAAUCUUAUUUCAAUGAGUUAAAGAUUUGGUGAAACAAGUUAUAUUUUCCUGCCCUCUAUUCUGUGUUGAUCAGGUUAGAUCAAAUGUAUUGGUUGUGUUUAAAGUCGCAGUAUGUCCUCAUUGAACAUAAGAACGGUUUAUUUUUUGCCUUAUGUAUUUAGGCCUACUAAUAAAUAGGGGAUAAUUUAUACUGUUAUGACAAUUAGGUUGCAGGAUUUUGCAUUCAGCGCAGUUUGAUCCGGUAUAUUGUUAUACGACUUGUUUCUAUAAAGUCUGUAUUUUCUACAAUCAGAUUUGUACGCCUUGAAUAAAUGUUUGUCAUGUUA